AUGAAAGCACAAAAAGUCGCAAAAGCAGAUUGGAAAGAAGGGUUUAAAAAAAAACAAGUUGGAAUAGCUGAUAUGACUAUGUUGAGUAAAGUUAAUAAUGAUGCUAUUAAUGAUAAUUUAAAGAAAAGAUUUGAAAAUGCCGAAAUAUAUACAUAUAUUGGACAUGUGCUGAUAAGUGUAAAUCCAUUUAAAGAUUUGGGCAUUUACACGGAUGAGAUCUUGCAUAGUUAUACGGGUAAAAAUAGAUUAGAGAUGCCACCACAUGUUUACGCUGUUGCUGAAUCAGCUUAUUAUAACAUGAAUAGUUAUAAAGAAAAUCAAUGUAUAAUCAUAAGUGGUGAAUCUGGUGCUGGUAAAACUGAGGCUGCUAAAAGGAUUAUGCAAUACAUUGCAACAGUGAGCGGUGGAGCAACAUCUUCAAUUCAAGAAAUUAAAGAUAUGGUAUUAGCCACAAAUCCUUUAUUGGAAAGUUUUGGCUGUGCUAAAACUCUCAAAAAUAAUAAUUCAAGUCGUCACGGAAAAUAUUUAGAAAUUCAAUUUAAUAACAAUGGUGAGCCUGUUGGUGCGGUUAUUACAAAUUAUUUAUUAGAAAAGGGGCGUGUUGUUGGACAAAUUGAAAAUGAACGUAAUUUCCACGUAUUCUAUCAAUUCACCAAAGCUGCUUCUCCUGAAUAUCAAGAACAAUUUGGUAUCCAAGGACCUGAGAGUUAUUUAUAUACUAGCAAAAGCAAUUGUUUAGAUGUUGAUGGUAUUGAUGAUAAUAAAGAUUAUAGUGAGACUUUGGAAGCAAUGGAAGUUAUUGGGUUACAAAAACACGAACAAGAUGAUAUUUUUAGAAUGUUGGCAAUUAUAUUAUGGUUAGGAAACGUAUUAUUUGAUGAAGAUGAUGAUGGAAAUUCUGUUAUAAGUGACGAAAACGUUACAAAUUUCAUUGCUUAUAUAAUGGAGGUUGAACCAGCAGCAUUAAAUAAGGUUUUAACAAGUAGAAUGAUUGAAACAUCACGCGGAGGUCGUCGUGGUUCUGUAUAUGAAGUUCCUCUCAACCCUAUUCAGGCAUCAGCUGUAAGAGAUGCAUUAGCCAAAGCGAUAUAUAAUAAUUUAUUUGAAUGGAUAGUAGAACGUGUAAACCAAGCAUUACGUUCCAGAUCACAGUCAUCAUUUGUAAUUGGAGUAUUGGAUAUCUAUGGAUUUGAAAUUUUUGAAGAAAACUCAUUUGAACAAUUAUGUAUUAAUUACGUUAAUGAAAAAUUACAACAAAUAUUUAUUGAAUUGACAUUAAAAGCAGAACAAGAAGAAUAUGUUAAAGAAAAAAUUGAAUGGACACCAAUAGAGUUUUUUAAUAAUAAAAUAGUGUGUGAUUUAAUAGAAGAAAAGCGUCCUCCAGGAAAUUUAAGUUCCAAUCCUCAUUUUGAAAGUAGAGGCAAUAAAUUUUUAAUUAAACAUUAUGCCGGAGAAGUUUUAUAUACUAUACCUGGUAUGACUGACAAAAAUAAAGAUCAGUUGGUAAAGGAUUUAUUAGAGUUGAUUGCUUCAAGUGAGAAUAAAUUCUUGUGUGCAAUAUUUCCUAAUCGCAUCGAUAAAGAUUCUAAAAAGAGACCUCCAACUGCGAGUGACAAAAUUAAGUUAUCAGCAAAUGAUCUGGUGAGAAAUUUGAUGCAGGCUCAGCCUUCUUAUAUACGUACCAUAAAGCCAAAUCAAAAUAAGAGCCCUUCAGAAUAUGAUUCAAAAAUGGUUUUACAUCAAAUUAAAUAUCUUGGAUUGAAUGAAAAUAUUAGAGUACGUAGAGCUGGUUUUGCUUACAGGCAAACAUUUGAAAAAUUUUUCGAAAGAUUUUAUUUAUUGUCGAAGAAAACUUCAUACGCUGGAGAUUGUGUUUGGCAAGGUGAUCAAAAGACUGGUACAGAGAGAAUUUUGAAGGAUUGUGGUAUUCCUGCGGAAGAAUGGCAAAUGGGAGUUACCAAAGCAUUUAUUAGGCAUCCAGAAACGAUUUGGGCACUUGAACAUUUACGUGAUAGAUAUUGGCAUAAUAUGGCAAUGAGAAUUCAAAGAUCAUAUAGAAAUUAUGUGAGAUAUAAGAACGAAUGUGCAAGACGUAUACAAAGAUGUUGGACAAAGAAUAAAGAUCAAAUAAUUUAUGUACAGUUAAGAGAUUAUGGACAUAGUAUAUUAGGAGAGCGUAAAGAAAGAAGAAGGAUGAGUCUAUUAAGUAUGAGAAAAUUUAUGGGAGAUUAUUUAUUUGUUAAUGAUAAUAGUGAAAGUGGUGAGACUUUAAGAAAUGUUUGUAACCUUGGAGCGAAUGAGCUUGUGGCAUUCAGUUUUAAGAUUCAAUUACUUGUUGCUCGUCUUGGAAGAUCAAGUAAACCAAGUCCUAGGAUCUUUAUUAUGACUGAUAAGGCAAUAUAUAUAGUAAUAUCAACGAUUGAAAAGAAACUUUUAACAAUGAACGUUGAAAGGAAUAUCCCGUUAGGUUCGAUUACUGGAGUCAGUUUAUCAAAUUUAAGAGAUGAUUGGGUAGUACUUCAUCUUAAUAAUCCAACCAAAGAAUUAGGAGAUCCAAUAUUUUCAUGUUUUUUCAAAACAGAAUUUCUUGUUCAUUUAUUACAAAGAACAGGAUCGAAAGUGCAAAUUAACAUUGCGUCACAAAUAGAAUAUUGUAAAAAAUUAAACAAAACUGCUACAAUCAAAUUCGUCAAAGAUGAAAAUAUUAAAAGAAAUGAUUUAUAUAAAAGUCAUAUUGUAAGUGUACCUAGUGGUGAACCUCCAAGUAGUUUAUCGGAUCCUCCUUGUCCAAAAAAAGAGCCACCACCAAAACCUAUUACUUCUGGUAAAUUAUUGAAAGCUGGUGGCCCUCCGAAAUCAAAACCAACUCCUUCAGUUACUAAAAAGAAACCUCCGCCGGCUCCCUCUUCGAAUACAGCCGCAUCAAAUAUUGUAGCAUCUAAAGCUGUUGCAAGAAGGAAAUCCACUGGUGGUGUUUAUAAUUUUGUAACAGAAGAUGCAGGAGAAUUGCCAUUCAAGCCUGAUGAUUUAUUAGAAAUUCUUGAAAAGGAUGAUAACGGUUGGUGGUUAGCUAAAAAAGACGGUCAACAAGGCUGGGUACCAAGUAAUUAUUUAGAAGAAGUUAAAGUUACACCGAAACCAAAUCCUGCUUUGCCUGCUAGACGUAAACCUCCUCCACCUGCUGCUAUUCAAGAAAAGAAAGUGCCUCAACGAGAAGUUGCUGAUGAAGAAGUAGAACAACAUCCCAUAUCAAGAUCUCGUUUUAGUGCUUCUCAUGCAGCUUCAAAUAAAAGUUAUGAUGGCAGUUCUUCACAAGUUUCAACCGCUCCUGUAGCAGUAUUUCCAGGUAUGGCGCCCGUUAAUAGUGCAAGUGGGGUACCUCCAUGGAAGGCCGCUCUUGAAGCUAAAAAGGCUGCUGCUAAGGCUGCGAAUCAAACCGAAAGCACAGAAAGCGAUCGUAUUACCACUGCAAGAAAAGUAACAGGGCUUUCCAAGAAACCUCCGCCACCGGUAACAUCAAAACCAAUAAUUCCACCUAAACCAUUAUCCGGAGAUAAGCCUCCUGCUCCCCCAAGACCAGGAGUUACAGGAUCAAAGCCACCUGCACCACCACGUCCAAGCGGACAACAAAUGAGCCUUGCUGAAGCAGUAGGAAUUUAUUUUUAA